AGUCAAGCGCGCGCUGCGCUCAGCAACGGACGUGUAUCGAGUCGCGCGUUUUCGCGCCAAAACGCGUGUUACUUCUCGACUGUCAAAAUACUUCGAAACACGAAAAUUGUUUUUUUAUUUUCUUUUAUUCAAAAUGGUGGUGUUUUAGAUGUUUUUUUAGUUUCUAAAAGAUGUCGUGUGUGUUGAUGUGAAGUGUUUUUCCCAAUGCAUGGUUUGCUAUGGCGCAGUAGAAGGCAAUAGCGAUAACUGUUGGUACGCCGUGGAGAGCGCUCGCGUGGAAUACAGUGUUUAACAAACAAAAUUGAAAAAGGAAUCCAAAUUCAAAUAGUGUCAGUGUUCUCAAUUCGAAUUUCAAACAAGUACUCCUAAAAUUCAAUUCUAAAUUCAAGUUUACUCUUAAUUUGUGUUCUGAAAUUCGAAAUUUGGGAUUACGGUUGUGUGUUUGUGCAACUGCCCACUAGUGGAUGAAAGUGUGUUGUGUGUAGUGAAGCAGUGUAUGAUGUGUGGCGGGUAUGGGUGAGCCGCAGACCAUACACAAGACCUGCGUGAGGGUUAACUCCGCGGAGGAUGAGGACGAGUCCAGGGAUGAGGUCGACCAUGAUUUACCAAAGAAGAACCCGUUUGUUAGGGGUUCGGACCCUCGCGUGGCGACGUGCCGCGGGCGGCUGCAGACGCGGCGCUGCCAGCUCAACCAGGAGAUCAACAAGGAGCUGCGGCUGCGGGCUGGAGCUGAGAACCUGUUCAAGGCCACGACAAACAGGAAGCUCCGCGAGACGGUGGCCCUGGAGCUGAGCUUCGUGAACUCCAACCUGCAGCUGCUGAAGGAGCAGCUCGCCGAGCUCAACUCCUCGGUGGAGCUCUACCAGAGUGACGGCGGCAAAGAAUGCGUGAUGCCGAUGAUCCCGCUGGGGCUGAAGGAGACCAAGGAGGUUGACUUCAGAGAACCCUUCAAGGAUUUCAUCUUGGAGCACUACAGCGAGGACGCGGCCGCCUACGAGGAUGCCAUCUCAGACUUCAUGGAUAUGAGACAGGCGAUGCGCACCCCGGUGCGGUCGAGCGCGGGCGUGGCUCUGCUCUUCAAGUACUACAACCAGCUGUACUUCAUAGAGCGACGGUUCUUCCCGCCCGACAGGUCGCUAGGGGUCUACUUCGAGUGGUUCGAUUCGUUAACAGGAGUCCCAUCUUGCCAGCGAACAGUGGCUUUCGAGAAAGCUUGUGUCUUGUUCAACAUAGCUGGCAUCUACACACAAAUUGGCGCUAAACAGGAGCGUGGCACCUGCGCGGGUCUGGACGGCGGCGUGGAGGCGUGGCUGCGGGCGGCGGGCGCGCUGCGCUACGUGCUCGACAACUUCACCAACGCGCCCUCCGUGGACCUCGCGGCCGACACGCUGCUGGUGCUGGCCGCGCUCAUGACCGCGCAGGCCCGCGAGUGCCUGUUCGAGAAGCUGCAGGUGCAGGCGGGCGAGCUGCGGCGCGCGCCCGACCUCAGCCUCGACCUCGCGCACGAGAGCGCGCAUCUCGCGCACACCUACGGACAACUCUAUGAAAAGAUGCAAUCGGAGGGUGUGUUCAACUACGUGCCAUACUCGUGGGUCUCUUUAGUCCACGUUAAGACUGAGUUUUAUAAAGCAUUAGCGCACCAGUACUGCGCGACGGGGCUGCUGAACAUGCCCGCGUCCGGGCGGACCCCGAGCCGCCUCGCCUCGCUCUACGACGCCGACACACAUCUGGAUAAUGGAUCAUCGAUGGGAGGCGUGAAGGACGCGGAGGUGGACUGGACGGCGCUGGGCCGCGCGCACCUCGCCGAGGCGCUCACUCUCUACGAGGAGGCGCUGCGCUUGCAGAGGAUGUGUCGUGAGUUGCGCGGCAAGGAGGCCAUCUCGCUGGUGGUCCGCGCGCAGCGGGAGCGCGCCGCGCGGGACGGGGCGGCGCACCGCGACACCGACGCGAACGACUUCACCGACCUCAUCGACGCGCCCAACGUGCUGCCGUCAUCAAAGUUCCAACUGGCGUUAACACAGCCGGACUUUGCCCAGCACAGAGUUGAGGACCUGUUCAAGUCUCUCGGUCCCAUCGCCAUAUUCUCCGCAAAGCGCCACUGGAGCGCGCCCCGACUCGUGCAGCUACAGAAGUACAGGGAUGGGUCGCGACGCAUCGAGCGACCCCGGAACGGACAACCAGAGGACUACGACGAGACCAGGACCAGCAAACACAGGAGCGAGAAGAGAGACAGGUCGGAGGACAACAGCACAUACUACAACCAAAUAAUAAGAAGCGACGAGAAAUACUCCAGCGACUACGAGAAGAAGAAACUCCACAGGGUAACGAAACAGAACGGCGUGUAUAUAAAUAGCUACAACAAUAAUAAUAAUAACUAUGAAUAUCAUCCGAAGAUCUUGGACUAUGACUCGCCGAAUGAGUAUAAGAAUAAGGGGGAGGGGAAAGUGGAGAAUGGUGUGAAGGAGAGUAACGGCAAGGUGAAGAGUGGGCGGCGGAAGGACCCGCUGCGGCGGGCGGCGAGUGAGUACAACGUGUCCAAUGCCAAGACCGAGGAGGAAGGGUUCGGGUUCUCCGUCAGGGGAGACGCGCCUGUUGUCAUCGCGGGAGUCGAACCUAACUCGUUGGCUGAUAUCGGUGGCAUGCGCGAAGGUGACUUCAUAAUCUGCAUCGGCGACACGGACGUGAAGUGGAGCUCCCACGACGAGGUGGUGCGGCUCAUCCAGCAGGCCGGAGACACCCUCACCAUGAAGCUGGCCACGCCCAUGGACAAGAGCAGUCAGAAAGCAUCACCCGAGACCCCUCGGCAGUCUAACUCUAACCAGGGCUCGGUAUCAGCCGCGUCCACAGCGUCAAGUGGUUCCACAGCGGUCACGGCGCGCUCGUCAGCUCGCCGGGCGCCAUCUUGGAACCCGUUCCGACGUCACACGACACGAGACAACAGCUCUCACCGCGGGUCGCACACCAGCAACAUCAUAUUCAGAUAACUUUAUACAACGCCAUCUGGCGGAAAACUAGAAGAAGUAACGCCAUCUUUUGGUGGUUUUGAUUAAACAGUAAAGCGUACAGCGUCAUCUAUUGGAUGUUCUGGUACUUUUUUUUUGUUGUAGUGUUAUUUUUUUCAUUAUAUCGUGGUUAACAUGUCCGCUUGUUGAAACAUAGUGUUUAGCAUCACUGGUCAUAGUUAAGUUAAAAAUCAUUAUUUUUAAAACUUAUUUCAACAAGAUUGUUUUUAAGUGAUUCAUUGGUUUAAGCAACAUGUCACAAAUUACACCAACGAAGGUUAUGUGCAAGUCACAAGAAAUCAGAGAUGGUCUAUCACAGCGCCAUCUAUAUUUAGUAAGUCGGAAACAUUCCUUAUUAUAAGCAAAGUAAAUAUAAAUCAACGCCAUCUGUUAUCGAUUUUGUGCAACUUUACGAUUAGAUAGAGUUGGAGGAGAUAUUUAUAUAAGUUUACAGAAAGGGCGACAUUCGCUACUAUUAUAUAUUUAGGUUCCUAAAUAUAUAGUUAGAUAGGAACCUUUAUAUCGGCUAUGAUGUUCCAAAGUUAUUUCUUUAUUAUUUUAAGCUUUCCUUGGCAAAGGCAUUUUUAAAGUGCCUACAAACUUCUAUUUUAUCUAUUUAUUGAUAUUCCCUUAAAAUCUAUUGUUAUUGGUAUGGAAAUUGCAUAUUUAUAUUAACACUAUUAUUUAUGGUAUUUUACUAUAAUAAAAAAAAAACUAAACCCCAAAUAGUUCUUACUUAAUGGGUACUUAAUUUAAUUUUAAAACAUCUAUAACUAUUUUAUUCAUUCCAAAAUCACAAAUCAGAAUCUUGUCUAAACCUGAACCGCCGUGCUAAGUAAUCCGCGUCCUUGCGUCGGUGUAUGGCAAUGCGUUGCAAUCCUUCAUACGCAAAUCGGGCCUGAUAACUUUCAACCAAACCUAUUGCACUUGCCACUACCGUCCUCAAACCUGGUAAGCUCAGGAAAUUUUUCACGGACGAUAUCAAUCACCGGCCUAUUUAUGUUGUCAACGCCUGUAAUAAAUACCUUACUACCUAAAUGUAUUUAAACUGUUCAAACAAACAAACAUUCUAAACUUUAGAACUGUGUAACUGUCACAUCUUUACUCCGCAAAAAGACGUGCGCAGUCGCAGACAAACGUCGACGUUAUAAAAAGACAUUCCUUUUUUGAUACUACGUACCAUAGAGCGUAGUUAUACUUUUUCCAUGAAUACGUAAACAGUUGGGUAAUUAAAGGACAAGCCAUCUAGCCAAGUGACAUUUUUACAAUCGUUAACGUGAAUAGAAGACACUCAAAUGUAUGGAAAUGUACAAAGUCACGUGACUCAUCGAAAUUAACUAAACUAUUUUCAUAUUAUUUGAACGAUAAUUUAUUGUUCACAUUUGUAUAAAUGUCACUCGACUAGGUUGAAAAGUAAAUUGAAAUAUAUUUUGUCUAUGAUUCUGUGUAAAGAAAGAGGUCUACCUACAAAAUAGGAUUUAAUGACUGAAUGAAUGUAUUAUCGAAUAAUAUGUAUAUUUUGAUUAAUUUUAUAUUAUGUAUCCAUAGUAGAUAGUGUGUCACAAUUAUUUUAAAUACGUUUAAUACAGUAUUUGUAAUAAAUAAAAAAUAAUAUAUUAAUAAUGUUUUGGAUGCGAUCGAUUUGAAAGUUUUACGAAACGGAAUAUUGAUCGCGUCCAAAAAUUAAAAUUUUAGAUUGAUUGUAACAAUUUAAAAUAUUUAAUUUGAGUUUAUUAUAGAUGGUUCUGUAUAAUAUUCUAGUGUAGAGUGUAUAUCAUUGUAUAAACUUGUAUAAGAUGGAAAUGUAUAAAUUGUUGUGGUUACUUUUGAACAAUAAAGGUUAUUUAAAGGCA